AGACAAUUUCCGUCUGCUAUCGACCCCGGCGUCAUGCGUUCCCCUUCGCUUUUAGCCCGCAACACCCAGCUCUCCUUAUCCCCCCCCCACAGACGCGUCCCUUUCUUUCUCUGAACCACAAUGUCCCACUCAAGGAGGACGUCGUUCUCUAUCGUCAAGACUGAUUCUUCACCAACUCUCUCGCCCAUUAUUGGAGUGGAGUCCGAGGACUGGAUAUCUGCCUGGAAACACGUAUACGCAAGAGACUUAAUCGACUCCCGAAUCGUUGCUGUAGAUGCCGAGACCAGUGUGGAAGACGCUUGUGACACUUUGUUAACGGAAGACAUAUAUUGUCUCGCCGUAAGGACCCCUUCAACGAGUCCAUCAAACUCUCCAUAUAUGGGUCUAUUCGACUAUUCAGACGUUAACGCAUUCUUAACGCUGGCUGCAACAAGACACACUAUAUCUCCAGAGGAAUUGCGAGCAAACCCUCGCGUCGACCAAAUCGUUGCAGCAGCCAAGGCAGGACAGGUAGCCGUCCAGCUCGUCAGCAACUUAUCCGAGAAGAAUUUCUUAGAAACUUUGCCUUAUAACGCCGAUCUUAUCGCACUACUCGGUGUAUUUUCUCGUGGUACUCACAGGGUACUAAUCCAGUGCCCUGCACCUUCUGCAGGCUAUCUCGGAACAGUCUCUGAUCGCCGUCUGCUCUCCUGGUUUUCCGCCUACGCCAAUCAAACCCCUUCCUUCCAGAGAUACUUAUCCAAUCCUCUCUCUUCCUUGUCCUUACCAUCCUUAAAUAUGUAUGCUUCUGUGGUUGCCACGAUAUCCACUGCCUAUCUGCUCGAUGCUAUGAAACUCAUGAGCGAGCAGGGUGUAAGUAGCGUUGCUGUCAUUGACGAGGGGUUAGGGACGCUCUUGAGUGCUGUCAGCGUGACAGAUAUAGGAAAGAUCGUCGUACCCUCUCAGAGCAAUCACAUACUCUCAACGCCACUGCAUCAGUUUAUAACCCAAAUAAAGGAGCCAGAUGGAUCGAUGGACGGUGUAGACAAAUAUCCAGUAUAUAUGGUGAUGCCUUCCAGCACACUCUCGUAUACAACCCAGAAGCUCCUCGCUACAAAUGCCCAUCGGCUUUUUAUUACAAAUGACCGUCCUCCUUCGCCAUCAUCGGUAUCAGGGAGCUCAGGUAGCCCUUGUGGUAUAGUUUCUAUCGUUGACGUCCUAUCCCUUUUUGCUCGCAUAGCUAAUGUCCCAGACGUUGACCCAACACAUCGCCAGCGCAGACGUGCAUCUUCCUCGUCAUCUCAUUCCUCUCUAUCUGCACACGACCUAGCCAGGUCGAGAUCAAGUAGCCGUACCAGCCUGCGACUGAGUGCAAGCCCGAGGAUCAAGCCAACCGGUAUUCCAGGAGAUAGUCAUCGAAACUCUAUUUCGAGUUUAGAUUCGUUCCAGUGGGCAGAGAGGGUUCCAAAGCGGGAGUAGAGUUUAUCCUCGAGUUGAUAUUCUUUGUGGUUUCUGCUAACCCCAAACGUACUGUACAAUUAUUGCAUGGACUGUUGUAGUUAUAGUUUGCCUCGGAUUCUGUAGGGUGAAAUACAUGGCACGGUUGAUGACAUCUUCA